AUGGCCACUGAAGUUCAAACCACCAACAUCAACACCCCAGCAUGGGUCGUCCACAAAGCCAAAGAAGACUUCAAACUCGAAGAAAUCACCCUCGACGAAAUGCAAGACCACGAACUCCUCAUCGAAAUGCUCUACUCAGGGAUCUGCCACACGGACAUCGUCUUCCAAACUGGCGCUUUAAACAUAUGCCCAUAUCCAGCCUGCCUCGGCCAUGAGGGCGCUGGGAUCGUUCGCGCUAUCGGAUCCAACGCCAACCGACCGGAUUUGAAGAUUGGCGAUAAGGUCCUGCUGUCGAUUAACUAUUGCAAGGAGUGUAAGUUUUGCAAGGACGAUCAUCCGGCGGAUUGUAUUCAUGGGACACGGUUGCAUUUGACGGGUGUGAGGCCUGAUGGCACGACGGCGGCGAAGUUGAAGGGGACGGAUACGAGUGUUAGUUUCCAUUUCUUUGGGCAGAGUAGUUUUGCCAAGUGGAGUUUUGUGCAGGAGAUGUGUUGUGUUAAGGUGCCGGAGGGAGUGAAGGAUGAGGAUAUUCCGUUUCUGGCGGCUAUGGGGUGUGGAUAUCAGACAGGCGCCGGAACUGUCGAAAACAUCUUGAAGCCAGAACCGGAUAGCUCGAUAGUCAUUUUCGGCUUGGGAACUGUGGGUUUGACCGCUCUGAUGGCAGCCAAAUAUAUGGGCGUGAAACGCAUCAUCGGGGUGGACAUCUUCGACCAUAAGAUGCCUCUGGCCAAGGAACUGGGAGCAACAGACACUAUCAACUCCAAAUCAGUGGACGACAUUGUGAAACAUAUCAAGGACUUGACCGAUGGCGGCGUGGACUACGCGGUAGACUGCACCGGCGUCCCGGCCGUCAUCGAGAACAUGUUGAACAUGCUAGCAAUGCGAGGGACAGCGGCGACAGUUGGCGUACCGCCUACCGGGGCUAAAAUCAACAUCGACCCGUUGGUGUUCUUGCUCGGGAGUCGGGGGUAUAAAGGGUGCAGAGAAGGCGACUCGAACCCGCCGGUGUACAUCCCGCAUCUCUGUCGUCUGCAGCGCGAUGGCAAGUUUCCGGUCGAGAAGCUCUGCAGAGUGUACGACUACAAGGACAUUGAGCAGGCGCUGCAUGAUCUUCACGAUGGGAAGGUGACGAAGCCGGUGAUCAAGUGGUAG